AUAUAAUAUAUAUAUACAACAGGGGAUAUAUUACAAACUCUUCAUGUAUGGUUCAUAUAUAUAUAUAUAUAUAUGAUCAUCAAUUCAUGAAACAAAACACAUUGUGUUGUUGUUACAUGUUGCUGAUAUGCAGUUAUCAGGAACGAUAAAAAUGCAAAGAAAUCAAAGGGCGGCAGAUUCUGAUCAUGUAUCAGGAGCUUCCCUCUUUGACCUUUUACAUUUAGACGAUGAAGAGAAAUGUAGCAAUGAUUUAGAUGGAGCGACACAAUCUGCCAGUUCAAAAGGGAGGCUGGCAAGUUUUUUAUCAAAAUCGGGUAAUGAGCUAUGUGCAGAUUGUGGAUCUCCAAAUCCAAAAUGGGUAUCUGCAAAUCUUGGAGCAUUUGUCUGUAUUAAGUGUUCUGGAGUCCAUAGAAGCCUCGGAGUGCACAUAUCAAAGAUAUUAUCAGUGAAUCUAGACGAGUGGACAGAGGAAGAUAUUGACAAUGUGAUAAAACUUGGUGGAAAUGCCGCAGUAAAUUCAAAAUAUGAAGACAGCAUUCCAAGCAACCGCAGAAAACCACAACCAGAUUCUCCUAUAGAAGAGCGUACUGAUUUUAUCAAGAGAAAGUACGUAAUGCAACAGUUUUUAAACCCUGAGGAACAACUGUCUUGCCCCUUCAAUCCAGCCGCGUUCCACUGCAGUACAACAGGGUUGAAUUCUGUAGUCGAUAAGAAGUAUCUAAACAGUAUGCGUUUACAUGGUAUUGGCCAAGCAUUUCUCAACACCAGGAAAAGAAAAGAUGCUGAACUGGUUGCAAAGAAAAGUAAUUCAACGGCAGGUAUGGUGGAAUUUGUUGGCUUGAUAAAAGUCAAUGUGGUCAGAGGCACCGACCUUGUUAUCCGAGAUGUGAGGAGUAGUGAUCCUUAUGUUAUGCUCUCAUUAGGAAAUCAAUCGGUGAAGACACGAGUUAUAAAGAGUAACCUCAAUCCUGUCUGGAAUGAAAGAUUAAUGUUAUCAAUUCCGGACAAUUUGCCACCUCUGAAAGUGAACGUCUUUGACAAGGAUAAAUUUUCAACCGAUGAUCCUAUGGGUGAGGCUGAGAUUGAUAUCCAACCCUUAAUCUCUGCUGCCAAAGCUUUGGAGAAUGGUAAUGUCAAAGACCCAUCAACGCAGCUUGAAAAAAUGGCAGAUGGAAAAGACAAAAACACCCUUGUCAAUAAUGGUGCGAUCACAGUGACGGAAGGAAAGGCAAAGCAAGACAUUGUUCUCAAACUGCAAAAUGUUGAGAGUGGUGAACUACAUAUAGAGAUUGAAUGUGUACCUCUAACCCAAUAGAAUAUGGUAAAAAAAACAUCAAUGGAAUGAACUCCUUAAGAAUGACAUUUUUACCAGGUAGGUGUCUUGUGUAUUCACGGUUGGCUUUGGGUUGGUUGGGCAACUAGGAUGAUUAGUGUUGUGUAUGUAGUGUUAAUGUCUAUGUAGGAGAUUUUCUUUUUAUUUGUGAAGUAAUUUCAUAUGCCUAUUCAAAUUUA